GGGCAGAAAGCUUUUGAAAAACCAGUUAAGCGUAUUUGUGGUGUUAUUAUUUGGUUCCUGAUUACUGUGUUGAAAUAAAUAAUACUCAAAUGGAUCCACCUUACUGACGUCACGACUCGACGAACUCCGAAUAAACGAACACAACCAUUGCGUGUGGCGUGCUCGCGAUGCCAUGCCCACCAAAGCUGUGGUCGUAGUGUAAACACGUGUAUGGUUGGCGUGCUCCGCGUGGUUUGAAAUGGUGUCUGCAGCGCUUAUUGGUAUAUCCAAUCGCUUUCAUACUUCGUAUCAGCAAACUUGGAAGGCUAAUAGCUGAAGCGGCUGAAGCACUGGCAUGGAGAACCCGGCAGAGUACUACAAGAAAUGCGCUCGAGCGUUGACGGAACAGAGCGAGUCUGGGGAGGCCACCCGGCAAAAUGGGGACUGCCUACCCGGUGUCAAGCUCUCGCGAAAGCGGCCCGCCGAAGACGAAGCGGAGACCGCUGGGAAGCAAGCGAGACUGGAAGAUUCGCCGAUGCUGGUGGACCUCAAGUAUCCUCGAGAAGUGCAGCUGAUCCGUCUGCUGGGCAGCCGAGCAGACGAGAUAGAGUCCCUGGUUCAGGAUGUGGCACGCAAGCACCCCAAGCUCACCUUGCAGCAAGUGCCGCGCCACAUGCGGCGGCGGGCGGUGAGCCACGACAAGCGCCGCCUCCCCAAGCGCCUCAAGGACAAGCUAGCCAAUGAGCCAGACCCUCCCAAGCGGAAGCGGCCGAGUCGCAAGCACCGCCGGCGUCCGCGCAACCUGCUAGCCGAGUACGCACGCCGCCAGCGGCGCUACGUGUGGCUGGAGACGCACGUGUGGCACGCCAAGCGCUUCAAGAUGGCCGACCUGUGGGGCUACCGGGUGCCCCUCCACCCGUGCGACAAGGGCAUCCGGGCGGCAUACCGCGGCAGCGCACGCCACGUCCUGCUCCACGACUUGUCCUACUACAACUGUAUAGAGCUCAUUGGGGAGGUCGAACACCUCUUGGAGAAGCUGUCGCUUAUCACAAGCUCGGAUGCAGGACUGACCUUCAAGGCUAAGCUGUAUGUUUCGGGUACCCAGGAAGGGUCGACUGUGCUCUACCACCGGGGCAUGUACCCUUACGGAGCCAUUGGUCCUGUAAGGUUCAUGUGGCGCCCCCUCCAGCCCAGCAAAUGCCAAUCUGAAAGCCAUUCUGAGAGCCAGUCGGACCGCCAAGCCGUGAAGCAAGUCGAUAGUAAGCCCAGUGGUAAAGCUAGAGGUCAACUUCUAAAACAAGCCACACCAAGCAAGUGUAGAAGCCAAAAAGGAGAUCAAGCUGGAUUAGGGCUUGAUAGCCAAAUCAAAAGCCAAGACAGAAGUCGAGACGAAAGCCAACCCAAGGAGAAUCGUCAGCUCUGGCUUUGGGUUCACCCUUCGAUUCACGACGAGGUCUGUAAGGAGCUGACGGAGAUCUUCGAGCUGCGGAAAGUCAACUCGGGCUGCGAAACGGAAGCAGACAGAACCGUAUCAGACGGAACCUCGGUUGCGGGUGGAAGUAGCAAACACGUCGCAGCAAAAAAAGAAAAGUGCAAGCCCAAGCCUCAAGAAACUGUGGUAGCCUCGAAACCAGAAAGUUCAGGUCAUAGUGACGAUGGGAUCCCACCAAAAACAAGGGACGAAACAGGGUCAAGCGAAGGGUUGCAGGCGGGAGAAGAAGUCGUCUGCAAGGCGGUGAAGGCAAAAAAGCGAAGGCAAAAACAGAGGGCGGAGGCGAAAGAAAAGGAGGUGUCUGAAGAAAUGGCAAAGAAGAGCUUCGAGCGCGUCCCCGUCUACACGAACGAAGGUGUGUCGAUGGCACUUCUUAAGGACAACCUGGUACGGUUCUCGCUUACGGGUCCGCUUGCCACUGCAGUCGUGUUUGAUGCGCUGGUGCCUGUGUCGUCUGCUGAAGGUAGCAGCAGAUGGGCGAAUUUGUCAAAAGGUGAAGACGCCGCUGUGAGUAAGAGUGAUCGGGACGCGACCUGGGAAACGGUGAGGCAAGGUGGCUUACAGACGGACGUCCUGCUUCCUCGUGGCUGCAUCUUGGGGCAGACGGUGCGCGAUCCCCGCGUCCUGCUGCCCGACCGGAAGACCAAGGUGACGGGGGACGGCGGUCCCGUCGUCGACGUACGCAAGAGCGGCCACGUCGGCGUUGCGAGUCCCCCUCCCGCAUCCGCAAGCGACUCGGCGAUCUGGGACCCGGCCUCCAGGGACGAGGCGUCCCUCAACAAGAUGCCGGAGUGGAAACUCAACCAGCUCCGAUCUCGGAACCCGAUCCCCGGUGCACCUCUUGACAUUGGAGAGGAGGAAUCCAGGAUCCCCAUCCUGCUGGUGAGGAAAGAAGGCUCGAGGAGCAAUCUGGGCUUCGGCAGCGGCUGGGACGUCGUGCUGCCUUCUCACUGGGCGAGGCCGUUCUGGAUAGCGCUGGUCUACCGGGGAGCACGGGCGGCCGGCCUGCGGGAGCUGCGUAGCCUCUCCUUGGAGACGGGCUACCCCUGCUUCCCGUUCGACCACCCGGACACGAGGGCUACCCAGGAGUACGAAGAAGCGAACAGACGCGAGCUCAUGGCCAAGCACCUCAGGUACCCCCCAGACAAGCGGCCCUCAUUCCAGAAACUUGGUGUCCCUUGCCCUUUCUUCUUUCCAUGGAAGGAGCUCGUCCAUCAGUGGGCGGCAGCCGUCAACGCGGCUCACUCAGGCGACGGGCAAGGCACGGGAAAGGAGAGACCGUUCUUUGUGCUCAGGAGCCGCAAGGUCACGCGGAGGCUGGCCGCCCUCUUGACUGAGGAAAACAAGGAGAGGAAGAGGCCGCACGGCCACGCCCCGACGCUCGAAGCGAUUCGCGGGAUUCGUUCGGCCGCCACCGAAACCGGCGUCGACCUCUCGCGGGCGCUUGCGUGCGUUUGGGUCUCGUGCCGUUCGAAGGGCGUUCCGAAUCGGUUCGACUCCAUCUGCAUCCCGAAAGCAGACGACCUCUCGACCGGGUCACCUUCCGACGGUUCGACAGGGCCGUGUGAAAGCUUGCACAAGGUGCCGCGGAAGCGGAAAGGCGCGGAGAAAAAAGGCGCCAAACGAAAAAAGAAGGUUGCGAGGCCGACCGUCGAGGAGUUGCUGGCAAGACCCGCGGCAGGGGACGUCGUGAACUGCUGUUCGAGGCGGCUGAUUGGCUGCAUGGUCGGCGGGGACUACUGUUUCUCGGAGGCCGCGGGGAGGGGCGUCGGGUACGUCUCUGUGCUCGGACUCCUGGAGUUCGUGGAAGAGUCCGCGAGGCGCGGAACGAAGCCGCUGGUUCUGUUGCGGCACCAACAUUCGGUGCAGUACAGGUUUGCCAGCUUGUGGGUGUUGACGGACUGCUAGCAAAGAUGGCGGCGGCUACAAUCUGCUUCCUCUUGCCGAGCGCAAGGCUACGAGCAAAAACUCUGGCGUCCGAAGCGUGGCCACCUUCAAAUAGUGCUACGCUUGCUCGUAUAGCCUUCAUGGCAGAUCUAGGGGGCAACAGGUGGAAUGUUUUUUCUUUGUAUCGUAUAAGUGUACAGCUCUACAGAAAAGAGAAGUAAAACAGGCUGUCGACGA